AAAGAAAGAGACCAUGAUUAGGAGGACUGUGAUUAACGCGGGAGAGCUUCUAUUUCGUCAAACGCCGUCGUUUCGGCGGCAAGCUCUGACUCCUUCGAAUCGUUUUUCAUUCUCAUCAAUGGCGAUGACCAACCUAAUAGGCACUCACAAUGGCACCUUUCAUUGCGAUGAAGCUCUCGCCUGCUACUUCCUUCGUCUCACCAAUAAAUUCUCAGCUGCCAAAAUCCUUCGCACUCGUGAUAUCCAGGUUUUGGAUUCCUUGGAGGCAUUAGUUGACGUUGGUGGCGUUUAUGACCCGAGCAGAAACCGUUUCGAUCACCACCAGCAUGGGUUUCAUCAAGUGCUUGGUCAUGGCUUUACCACCAAGCUCAGUAGCGCCGGUCUUGUCUAUAAGCAUUAUGGGAUGGAGAUAAUAUCCAGGAAGCUUAAUCUUGAUGAGGGACACCCAAAUGUGUUUAGGUUAUAUCUAGCAAUUUACAAGAGCUUCAUGGAGGCAAUAGAUGCUAUUGACAAUGGAAUAAACCAAUAUGACAUAGACCAACCUCCUAAAUAUGUCAAUAAUACAAACCUAUCUUCUAGAGUUGGAAGAUUAAAUCUGGAUUGGUUGGACCAUGAUCUUUCAUCUGAGAAAGAAGAUGAAGCUUUCCAAUGCGCAAUGAACUUAGCUGGCAGCGAGUUUCUAGAUAUUUUAAAUUUUCACGUAAGAUCGUGGUUACCAGCUCGAUCAAUUGUUAUGGAAUGUCUUCUUGCAAGAGGAAAUAUUGAUCCAAGUAAAGAAAUCAUGGUACUGACUAAAUCUUGCCCGUGGAAGCUUCAUAUAUUUGAGCUUGAGGAGGAGAUGAAGAUUGAUCCUCCCAUCAAAUAUGUUAUUUACCAGGAUGACAGGAACAAAACAUGGAGAAUUCAGGCAGUGGCAAUAUCACAUGAUAAAUUUGAGAGUCGGAGACCUCUUCCAUCGGUUUGGAGGGGUUUGGAACAUGACAAACUCUCUGAGGUUGCAGGAAUCCCGGGCUGCGUCUUUGUUCACAUGAGUGGAUUUAUCGGUGGAAAUCUAAGUUACGAAGGUGCUCUAGCGAUGGCUAGAGUUUCAUUGGCAUACUAAAGUCAGAAUAUUUUACAUAUGUGCAGGUAGGAUGCAUGACUAUUAUUAUAACAUCAUGAGAUAUUUAAUUGGCUGCAAUAUGUUUGUUCCCACCCCACACCCCCAGGGGAAUUUGAAUUAUUUUUCUUUAUUGAAUACAUGCAUAAUUUUCAAUCUCAAAUGGUGAAAAUCCAGACUGGUGAAAAUCCCUGUUGCCUUUCGGGCAUCGUUUUCUUUAGUUUUAGAGAUUUGCAGCAUGUUAGAGAAAGUGUACACAUUUGAAAUGUUUGUAAGGUGAAAUUCCAUAGGUGUCGUCACAUACACAUCAAUUAUUUUCAUUCAGUUAUUCUAAUGUCAUUGUGUAAAACUAAUCUAUUAUUUGUAUAUCAUUAUAUUCACAUAGAUUUUCAUAUCAAGAUCUAGUUAAUUAUGAGAUUGACACAUGACUUCACAAUUGCUGUUAGCCAUGAUAUAUUAUUGCUUCUAUUUUAAACAGAUUCUGUUAGGGACAAAAAUUUGAAUGCCAUGAAAUGUAACUAUCUUCUUCUUAACACCCUACUCUUCCUCUUCACUUGUGAUUGGUAAAUCUUCUUUGGACCAUGAAUAAAGCCCUCCUUCCAAGUGGUAGACAUUGUUAUACCCAUUCAGAACAAGCAAGUAGGCCGCUAUCAGUGAUCUGUAGAAGGUACCAAUAGUUUGAACAUCUAUGGGAAAGAAACUAAAUUAUUAUCGAUAGGCUAUAAAAUUAUGUUACCUUGAUUGUUGACCUUCUGGGAGAUUUUGGGUUGGUUUCAUUGUUCCCCCGGUUGAGCAAGCCACUAUUAUCUUUGCAUCCUUUUUUAUUUUUGACUCCACAGCUAUUUACCAAGUACCAAUUAUGUUAGUCCAUGGAAAGAAGUUCUCAUAAAGUAGUGUCGAAAGAAGUAGGUUAUGAUUCAUACUUGGUAUGAACUCAGGGUUCUCCUCUGUACCGGCAAAGAUGCCAAAAAAUGCAAACGCAGCUCGGCGAGCUAUGUCCCAUGCUGUCCACUCUUUUAUAAGCCUAUAUAUUUGUACAUUGAUGGCACCUGGUGCAUGAGCCUAACAUAGAAAACCAUUAACUUAUACUCAAACCCCAUAGUUUUCAUUCUUGCUCAUAAAUUUUUUCAUGAAGAGACAGCAAUGGUGACUUACAUGCUAUUAGAAUGAAAAUGGAAUCUUAUGAACUCCCUCUCUUUCCGAUAACUAUUUUUUCCGUUUUACUUGUUUCUUAUUCUAAUGAAGUGGGUGUUUUCAUAAGCAGACUAACCUCUUUAAAUUCUGCUUCAGGCCGCACAUCAAGAAUAACAAAGUUAUUUUCUUUCUGGAGUCUCAGAGCUUCUUUAGCAUCCACACUCCGUACCUGCAAGAUAGGAUUUUUCGGGAGCUUGUUAAAUGGUUUUGCUUCUAACCCUUUUUUGCUCUUGAAAACACAGUUAAAUAUGAUCGAAUAAAUAAAUUGUUAUCUCAUUAAUUUUCAUUCAUGCUUGCAUUCCUACUUAUCCUUUUAAGUCAGUGAUUGUUUUCUAUUGUGAAUAUUGAUCAAAUAAGCUAAUUAUGUCACAUUGUUCAUGUGUGUAAUAAGAUGGACAAUAAGAGCAGUAGAGCUAUACCCUUUUCUCUAGCAAUUUUUCCCUUUUGAUCUUCCAGUCUUCUUCAGCUAAAAGAAGAUUU